AUGGCUUUCAAAGUGCUACUAGAACAACAGAAAGCAUUUUUCACGGUUGUGGGUUUACUAGCCUGUUUGGCAUGUAGAGUGAUCUGUGAAACAGGAGACUGUGGACAACAGGAGUUCAGGAAUCGGUCAGGAAAUUGUGUUCUCUGCAAGCAGUGUGGGCCAGGCAUGGAGUUGUCCAAGGAAUGUGGCUUUGGCUACGGGGAGGAUGCCCAGUGUGUGAGGUGCUGGCCGCACAGGUUCAAGGAGGACUGGGGCUUUCAGAAGUGCAAGCCGUGCCUGGACUGCGCCCUGCUGAGCCGCUUCCAGAAGGCCAACUGCUCUGCCACCCGCGACGCCAUCUGCGGGGACUGCCUGCCCGGAUUUUACAGGAAGACCAAACUUGUUGGGUUUCAAGACAUGGAGUGUGUGCCUUGCGGAGACCCCCCGCCCCCCUACAAGCCACACUGUACCAGCAAGGUCAACCUGGUGAGGAUCCCGUCCACGGCCUCCAGCCCACGGGACACGGCCCUGGCUGCCGUGAUCUGCAGCGCCCUGGCCACCGUCCUGCUGGCCCUGCUCAUCCUCUGCGUCAUAUAUUGUAAGCGGCAGUUUAUGGAGAAGAAACCCAGCUGGUCCCUGAGGGCACAGGACCUGCAGUACGACGGUUCUGAGCUGUCCUGUUUCGACAGACCUCGGCUCAGCGCCCCCGCGCCCCACGCCUGUUGUCAGUGCCGCCGGGACUCGGCCCAGACCUGCGGGCCCGUGCGUCUUAUCCCAUCCGCAUGCCGUGACGGGGCCUGCAGCGUCGGCCGGGAGACUCCUGGUUGCAGGGUGCACUCCAAGGCCGUGCUUCAGGACAGAAACACAGGUCCAGCGGGGGAAGCACUGCCGACUUUCUUCGGGUCCCUUUCGAGGUCCAUCUGUGGCGAGUUUUCGGAUGCCUGGCCUCUGAUGCAGAAUCCCAGCUGUGGUGACGACAUCUCUUCUUGCGAUUCUUAUCCUGAGCUCCCUGGAGAAGAUGUUCACUCUCUCAAUCCAGAGAGUGCAAGCUCAGCAUCCUUGGACUCAAACAGUAGUCGGGGUCUGGUUGGUGGAGCAGUUCCAAUUCAAGCUCAUCCUGAAAACUUUACAGAAACUACUGAUUUAUCGAGACUCAACAACUCAGUGCCAGAACCAGCGCUAACUCAGGACGCGCUCACGGCUAGAAAUCAGCUGGCUCAGGAGAGAGGAGAUGUCCGUCACCUGGCCGCUCAGCCGUCACCCCAGGAGGCCGAAAGGACUUGCUUCUUUCUGCAAUGAAGUGUCGUAUGGAGCCCAAAGGGCAGCCACUCCUCUGCUUACGGACUCGGCACCGUCUGGACCUCGCAUGGCUUCUGGGGGAAGAAAG